ACCCACAGGUUGAGAACCCCUGCUCUAGCUAAUUGAUGUAUAUAGUAAUAUUUUAGAUCAUGAGAUAAUCAUUGAACAAGAUUUUAUUUAUUUUUCUUGUGAAAGAAUUAUAUUUAACACAUAAUUCUUUGAAUAAAAUGAUACACCCAAUGAAUACAGUACAUUUUCUAGAAUUAUUUUGCACACUGCUGAUUAUUUACGUAUAUUAAUGUUAUAAUUAUCAAUAUACUACCUUACUACUAAAGGAGAUGUGAAGAAAGAGUUUUUCUGGAACAUAAAUAUGUAGCAAUGAAAACACCAGGCAGUUAUAUUUUAUUUUGCAUCUCUCACAUUGAAUAAAUAUAUUUGUUUGUCUCUCAACAGCAAGCUGUCAGUUAUAGCCAGCAUGAUGGUCCUAUCUGGAAUACUGUUUAUCAUUCUGUUCACUUUUCUUUUCUUUAUGCUGAGAACUUGGUUGAAAAAAAAAUCAAAAGUGUUUUAUGACAAUGAAGGAAAGAAAAAACGCUCCUUGGCAUUCUUUCAUCCUUACUGCAAUGCUGGAGGAGGUGGCGAGCGUGUUCUUUGGGUAGCUGUUCGUGCAAUUCAAAGAAGAUUUCCAAAUGUACAAUGUGUUGUGUAUACUGGUGACACAGAUGCUACACCAGCUGAAAUUUUAGAUAAAGCCAGACAAAGGUUCAACAUUGUUUUGCCUGGAAAUGUGGAGUUCAUUUAUCUGAAAUGUCGUGGCUGGGUGGAGGCAGUCAAGUAUCCAUAUUUUACACUUCUUGGACAGAGCAUUGGGUCUGUUUUCCUUGGAUUGGAGGCACUGUUUGCAUUUGUGCCUGAUGUUUACAUAGACACCAUGGGCUAUGCCUUCACCUUACCCCUAUUUAAAUUUCUAGGUGGAUGCCCAGUGGCAUGUUAUGUCCACUACCCUACAAUAUCAACUGACAUGUUGACCAGAGUCUCAGCAAGAGUUCAGGCCCAUAAUAAUGCAGAAUUUAUUUCUAGAAGUGUUUUACUGAGUUGGCUCAAAAUUAUGUACUACAGACUUUUUGCUUAUAUGUAUGGAGUAGCUGGGAAAAGGUCAAAGGUUGUUAUGGUCAAUUCCACCUGGACUUACGACCAUAUUGCAAGUUUGUGGAAAGUGCCAUCGAGAACACAUAUUGUAUAUCCACCUUGUGAUAUUUCAGAGUUUAUGAAAAUACCAUUGGUGAGUGAUGAGAGCAAACCAAAGCAGAUUUUAUCCCUCGGGCAGUUCCGUCCAGAGAAAGAUCACCCUAUGCAGAUAAAAGCCUUUCACAAAUUUUGUAUGGGUGUAAGUGAGAAAGAACGUUCAGUGUACAAGCUGGUUUUAGCUGGAAGCUGCAGAAAUGAAGAAGAUGUGACAAGGGUGAACAAUUUGAAAUCCCUUGCAAAGGAGUUGGAAAUAGAGCAAAUGGUAGAGUUUCGACUGAACAUACCAUUCUCUGAACUAAAACAGCUAUUGGAAAGCUCAUUAAUUUCUAUACAUACCAUGUGGAAUGAGCAUUUUGGCAUCUGUGUAGUUGAGGCUAUGGCAGCUGGCACAGUAAUGUUAGCCCACAACUCUGGAGGACCCAAAAUGGACAUAGUAAUAAAUCAUAAUGGAGAACCAACAGGAUUUCUAGCUUCUGAUGCCAGCAGUUACUCAGAAGCUAUCAAAACUAUUUUUAACAUGACACCAUCAGAGAGGCUGGCUCUAAGACAAAAUGCUAGAAACUCUUUAUCACGAUUUUCUGAGGAGGAAUUCGAAAAUGCUUUUAUUUCAUUAUGUGAACAAUUACUUGAUGAAAGAAAUGUUUCGUAAAUGUUUUUUAUUUGUGGAAGGAUAUUGUCCUAUUGUCCAAGUUAUAUUUUUCUUUAAUUACUGAUAACGAGGGGAAAACUUUUUUAUUUAAACAUUUCUAUGUAUUGAAAUUCUAUCAAAAUGAGUAUAGAACAGAAUAGAGUAUCAAUUCAACAAGACAACAAAAUCUCCUGCUCCUGAGCCCAUGUGCAUGUACAGGUUCAUAAUAAAGAAUGCUUAGGUCAAAUAGUUGAAAUAGUAUGCAUUAAAAAAAAUUGCAAAGCAUAUAAAUUCAUUAUUAUAUUCAAUACCAGUACUCUAUUACAAAAUGGAAAUGUAAAAGAAAUUGCAUUUAUUGUCAACAAAGAUUAUAUUUUUUAGAUAACUUGAAAUUUUAGUUUCCUUCAUUAUUUGCUUAGGCCUAUGUUGGCAUUUCUGUAGUAUCUAUGACUUAAUAGUUUCUUAUUUGUCUUUAAUCACCUGGCUCCUGAGAGUUCCUAACAUUGUAUAAGGAAAGUAGAAACAAAUUCACAUUGUGUUAGCCAAAUCUUUUUUUUUUUUCUUCUAUCUCUGAAAGAAUUGAUGAUGUCAGGGCAAAAUUGGGAACAAAAUGAGUCUAUUUUUGUGUCAUUAUAUCAGAUAAUUUUUUAUAAUUAUUAUUUCCAUGGUUAAAAAUUUGCAUUCUAAAAUUUCAUUACUAUUACCAUAUCUUAUUUUGAAUUAGAAGCAACUUAAUAUGCCAAAUGUUAAGGGGGUGAACACUACUCAUUUAAAUUCUGAUAUUUUGAAAACAAAAACCUUUAAUAUUUAUUUUUUUUUAGUAAAAUUAUGUAACAUUGUAUUCUUAAAAAUUGUCAUUUUGAACUGACUAGACUUUGACUACACAUCAGAUUAAGCUCAGUCUGUUUGAAAUGAAAAUAUAAUUAUAAUUUAUUCUUCGAAAAUACAUUGAGAGAAUAAAAAACUUUUGAUGUUCAUUCUGGAAAAUUUGGGCUCAAGAUGGCAAAUAUUCAAUUAAAGUUGUUGAAAACAUAUAUAUCAAUAUAGAUUCCACAGUAAGACAUCCGUUUAUAACACACUAAGACUUAGAAAUAAAUAUUAAUAAAAUGACGAAUAAUAACUUACAACUUAAAAAGGAAGAGUUUUGUAGCUCUUAGAUUUUUAAAACGUUAUGUUUAUAGCAGGAAGGCUAUUAGACUUAUUGGUUGACCACCAGGUUGACUGUGAAUAUUGCCUUGAUAGUUAUAUAAGUUGACACAUGAGUGCUAUUGAUAUUUUUAAAAUAUCUAAUAUAUUGUGGCUGUAUUGUAUAUAGUCCACUAAUUUCAAUCCUUUAAUAGUUGACAUUGUAUUUAUUAUUUGGAUGUUAUGUUGGUCAAAUAUAUUGUCAUUAUAACAGUAAA